GACACUUUUCAUCUGUUAAGGAUUCAGUGACUUUCUGAUUUGGAAGAUGUGGACUUAACCAAGCAGGGCCCAGGAAGAUAGGAGGAUCAAACUGGGAUUCUAGAAAUAAGAUCAUCUUUGGCCAAGUUGGCUGAACACUUUGGAUUGUCAGCCCUGAUAUUAAAAGUUUAUAUUAAAACAUUAUAAUUUUGCUUAAACCUGCUGUAUAUCAUGAAUGUUAAAUUUUCUUCUGUGUACAUGUCAAAUUUAUUUACUUGUACAUCAAAUCUACCUUUGUGUAUCAAGUAUAUUUUUGAAGUACAGGACAUUUAAGAACUUCACCUGGAAAGUUGGGUUUUACUUCUUCACAGAAGAGAAUGUCUGUGGUGCACCAGCUGUCACCAGGAUGGUUACUGGAUCAUCUUUCUUUCAUUAACAAUAUAAACUAUCAAGUUCACCAGCAUCAUGAGCCUUGUUGCAGUAGAAGUGAGCCCUCUACUUCUCUCCACCUUGAUUCUAUGUCCUCUUUUGGAUCCUCAGCUAAAUUUAUUGCUUCUGAUUCUACCACUAAGCCAGAGAAUGAUGAUGGAGGAAGUUGUGAAGUGUUCAUACAACAAUAUAUUUUUCGAUCUGAACUGUUUGAUAUCACUAAACCUUAUAUAACUUCAGCUGUUCACAAGGAGUGCCAACAAAAUAAUGAAAAUGAAGAUCUAAUGAACGGUGUUAAAAAAGAAAUCUCCAUUUCUACUCUUGGGAAGAAGCGUAAAAGGUGUGCUGUUUUCAAUCAAGGUGAAUUGGAUGCUAUGGAAUACCAUGAGAAGAUCAGGGGACUGAUUUUGGAUGGAUCUUCACAGAUAAUCCAAGAAGGUUUAAAAAGUGGCUUUCUUCAUCCACUUUCUGAAAAACGGGACAAGUGUAAUGAGUCCAUUGCUUUACCACUUGAUACCUGCAGUUUGUCAGAAUUAUGUGAAAUGGCAAAACAUUUGCCUUCUUUGAAUGAAAUUGAACUUCUGACAUUACAAUUGGUGGAAAAUGAUAUGUCUGUUACAGAGCAGGAUUUAUUUUCACGGAUUGUUGAAAACAACUCUAAUUUUACAAAAAUGAUUACUUUAAUGGGACAAAAAUACCUGGUGCCACCAAAAAGCAGUUUUCUUUUGUCUGACAUUUCUUGUAUGCAUCCCCUUCUGAAUUGUAAGAAAACAUAUGAUGUAAUUGUGAUGGAUCCACCAUGGCAGAACAAAUCAGUUAAAAGAAGUAACAGGUACAGUUAUUUAUCACCACUGCAAAUAAAACAAAUACCUGUCCCUAAAUUGGCUGCUCCAAACUGUCUUGUUAUUAUUUGGGUGACUAAUAGACAGAAGCACCUACGUUUUGUAAAAGAAGAACUUUAUCCUUUGUGGUCUGUGGAGAUAGUUGCUGAAUGGCACUGGUUAAAAAUAAAUUCCACAAAAAUGCUCCUAAAUUUUAAAAAGAUCACCAAUUCAGGAGAGUUUGUGUUCCCAUUAGAUUCUCCACACAAAAAGCCUUAUGAAGGUCUUAUACUAGGAAGAUUUCAAGGAAAAACAGCUUUACCAUUAAGGAAUAUGCUCCCCAUUCCAGAUCACAAGUUAAUUGUCAGUGUACCCUGUACUCUUCACUCCCAUAAACCACCUCUUGCUGGUAUGUUUUUAUAAAUAGAAA